AUGUUAUCAGAAACAUGGUACCUAACAUGGUACCAAACACGGUACGCUUCUGUACGAAAAUCCCUGCAAGGUUUAGACUACUUUAUCGCUUCUGGGGCUAAAGCUUUUGAAGAUUUGGAAGAUGCAGCUGAUAAGCUAGGAGAUGUCAGAAUGGGGAUGUCAUGGGCACAGCAGCAAAAGAAACAACUCAAAUCAGCGAAGCAGUAUCUGAAAGGCAUCUUUAAGGUAACUUGAAUGACAGAUAUUGGCUGGGGCCACAUCUCGGCUACUAACUAUAGUUAAGACGGGAUAACUGUAGUUAGCUAUAUCGGUAAUGUGACCGCUUUUCUGUUCGCUCUAACUAUAGUUAGAAAAAUUACGCCUCAGUGAUCCAAAACAAUACAGACUAACUAUAGCUAUAAGGAGGCAGGGUUCGUGGGUUACUAAAGUUUACAAACAAACAACCAAUCAGAAUGUGACACUUGUUUUCGCAUGUGCGAGAUGAGUAUAUAUAAAUAUGCAAAAUAAAAACCAAGCGUGAAGUGGGGGGAAACCAAAAACAACAAAUCAAAAAUAUACGUAGGCUAAUUAGAACUAACUGUUAACUGCGUGGUGUGACUGCAAUGUUGACUGAAAGAACUAACUACAGUUAGGUAUGACAUCACGUAACUUGACACUAACUUAAGCUAAACUUUAGUUACGUCAUAGAUGUGACCGCAGCCAUUAUGUCUGAGCAAAUGAAGGCUUCAAUGAAAGCACUAACUGCAGUUAGGUAUGACAUCACACAACUUGACACUAACUUUAGUUAAACUUUAGCUAAAUUGUAGAUGUCACCGCAGCCAUUAUGUCUGAGCAAAUGAAGGCUUGCAUGUAUAUAAAGCAUUUUUAUGUAUCUAUGCUAAGGUUCAUGUUUCCAAGACAUCCUCUGUUACGGAUCACUGCAGACGCUUCACCCUCAGUGAUGCUGAAGACGAAUCUACAAAGAUAUCUGUGAUCCUGUUCAUAAUGGCGUAUGUGAUUGUUGUGAUCUUGUACAGCGGAGCGUGUGUGACGUUGAGGAAGCUAUGA